GCGGCGGGGCCGGGUUUUCUCGGCUACCGGCGCCGGCUGGUGUGCGUGCUUUGCAGAUAUGGGGACUCCUGCAGGCUUGCAGACCGACUGUGAGGCGCUGCUCAGCCGCUUCCAGGAGAUGGACAGCGUGCGCUUUGAGGACUUCACCGAACUCUGGCGGAGCAUGAAGUUCGGGACCAUCUUCUGUGGUAGAAUGAGAAAUUUAGAAAAGAACACAUUUACAAAAGAAGCUUUAGCUUUGGCUUGGCGAUAUUUUUUACCUCCGUACACCUUCCAGAUCAGAGUUGGUGCUUUGUAUCUGCUGUAUGGAUUAUAUAACACCCAACUGUGUCAACCAAAACAAAAGAUCAGAGUUGCCCUGAAGGAUUGGGAUGAAGUUUUAAAAUUUCAGCAAGAUUUGAUAAACGCACAACAUUUUGAUGCAGCUUAUAUUUUUAGGAAGCUACGACUAGACAGAGCAUUUCACUUUACAGCAAUGCCUAAAUUGCUGUCAUACAGAAUGAAGAAAAAAAUUCAACGAGCUGAAGUUACAGAAGAAUUUAAAGACCCAAAUGAUCGUGUAAUGAAACUUAUCACUUCUGAUGUAUUAGAGGAAAUGCUGAAUGUUCAUGACCAUUAUCAGAGAAUGAAACAUGUAAUUUCAGUUGAUAAGUCCAAUCCAGACAAAGCCCUCAGCUUGAUAAAGGAUGAUUUUUUUGACAAUAUCAAGAACAUAGUUUUGGAGCAUCAGCAGUGGCACAAAGACAGAAAGAAUCUAUCCUUGAAAUCUAAAGUUAAAGAUGGAGAAGAAAAGAGUGAAGGAAAUUCACAAGGAUCAGAGAGAUGUGAAAGGGCAGAAUCAUUAGCGAAAAUAAAAUCAAAGGCCUUUUCAGUUGUUGCUCAGGCAUCCAAGUCAAGAAGGCAUCGUCAGGUCAAAAUUGACUCUUCUGACUCUGAUUCUGCAUCUGGUCAAGGACAAAUCAAAGCAACUAGGAAAAAAAGAAACAGAGAAACACUGAAAUCGGCAGGAAGGAAGACAUCUUCCAGAAACAGAGGUGGCAUGCAGAAUGUGCAUAAGGAAGAUAAAUCUCUGAGUCUGAGUAUGCCUGUAAUUACAGAAGAGGAAGAGGAGAAUGAAAGUUUUAGCGAAACAGAUACAGAGUUGACUGCAUCCAAGAGGAGAAGAAAACUCAAAACAAAGAAGAGCCUGGUGUGGAGUUCUUAAUUUUGAGCUUUCCAAUAGAAGAAAAGAUUUAUAUUUUGUGUAUUGAACAGGAAGACUGAAAGUAUUAAAAAUAAUUCUUCUGGGAAGCUGUAGGUAUUUCUUUGAAAUGGCAAUACUUUAGUUCUAGAAUAAAGGUACAAAAAAUAAAAUAAGAAUUUACUCUAAAAUUUAAUUCUAACAUUUUAUUUUGUGAAAUAUGCAUAAAUGAAGAUAAAAUUUGGAUUUAGAGUGUAAUAGAAAUAAUCCUUUAUUUGCAGGUUAUUGCUGUUUCCUACAACUUUUUGUCUUAGUUCUUUAAUGGUAAUAUUAACUAUUCUAUUUAAAAUCUUUUUUCUUGAAGUAUUGUUUAUUACAUGUAAAUAGCUAAUUAUUUUGUAUCUAGAGUUUGGUAAUGGAUUUGUUUAUGGUGUAUAUUAACUACUUUAUAUAUUGUU